GUUGUGAAAGAAAUGCGGAGGAGACUGGCAUUAGUAGUGACCUGAUAUACAACAACUAUUCAAAAUGUUACUCAAGAAGUACUUCUUACGUCUACUACCGUCUGGAAAUUGGUCAAAUUUACUGGCCUGUCAAAUUGGUAAGCCUACUUGUCUGGCGUAUAUACACCAACAACGCGUCGGCAGUAUUCAACCAUCAAAACUCCACAAUGUUGAUUCGUGUAUUGAAACAAUUCGAAAUGUUGGUUUAAUCGCGCAUAUUGAUGCUGGUAAAACAACGACUACAGAACGCAUGUUAUACUAUGCCC